CCCAUCAAUGCGACAUUCUUUCAGCACGCUCAACAUUAUGGUGAUUUGAAAAUUGCCCAGCAACACAUUGCCGACUUUUUGGGUACUGAGAAGGUGCCACCUACCGGUGUCAAUAGUGAGGCAGUGCCUAAGAAUGCAGAGUUUGUGAACUUCCGGGACAUUUCCAUAAAAUUGACCGAAAAGAACAUUCAGUCCAUUAAUUAUAUCUAUGAGAAGCAAAUAUAUGUGGAUGAAUUAUCUCGAUUACUGAAGGGUCGCCAAUACGUUGACCAACAUUUGCGCGCAUUUGUGGAUAGCGUGCACCACAUGACCCGUUUGGACACCAAUGCUCUGUUGAAUAGCAAACUCGAGUUAUCCGAAGACAUGACUUGUUAUAAGAAGUUUGUCGACACCUUCCACGAUAAGUGCUUCAAUAUGAACAAGGUUUCUUUUUAA